GUGUCAACCAACGAAGCCAAUUUCAUCAAAGCGUUGCAUUUGAAAAGUACCACUGGCCCAUCUGCCCUUUGAAAUGCGCAUGUGUCGGUAGUGAAACCACAAAUAGGAUGGCGACAAGCCAGAAGGCUUCUCGUCUGGGCGAAGAGGUGUGGAAGACGCGGGUUGACAAGGUCAAUGCUGAGCUGGUGACCCUGACCUAUGGGACAAUUGUGUCUCAACUUUGCAUCGACUAUGAGUACGAUUACGCUCAGGUCAAUCAACAACUGGACAAAAUGGGUUACAAUAUUGGAAUGCGGCUCAUUGAGGAUUUUCUCGCCAAAUCAAACACGGGUCGUUGCGGAAACUUCAAAGACACCGCUGAAAUGAUCUCCAAGGUCGGAUUCAAAAUCUUUCUCAACAUCACACCGACCGUCACAAACUGGACAGCGGACAACAAACAAUUCUCUCUCAUAUUCGACGAGAAUCCGCUGGCUGAUUUCGUCGAACUUCCGGACGAUGGUCGCGCGCAAGAUGGCCUCUGGUUUUCCAACAUUCUUUGCGGAGUCCUACGAGGUGCUUUGGAAAUGGUUCAAACAUCGAUUGAAGCUCGGUUCGUGAGCGAUGUGCUUCGAGGGAAUGAUGUUACUGAGAUGCGUGUGACUCUUAUUCGUUAUAUUGAAGACGAGAUGCCUCCAGAUGACGAGUAGUCCUGGUAAGGGUUUCCGAUGACUCCCUAGAACUUGUCGCAAGAUGAAGAAUGUCUGUUGUAUCAACUCACGUGAUUCGUCCCCCUUUUCCUGCGAGGAGGAUUAUGAGGGGUGUCAGGAUCGAAUAAGGAGAACACACAAGACCAUAACGGCUGUUAUGAAAUACCCCUGAAUCGUAUAUUGUUUCAUAUUGUGGGGGGGCAAUGAUAAGGCAAGAGCUACACAUCAACAUCCUAUGCCUGGACAAAUAGUCCCAAACGAAGAUGUAUCAAUCCGCAAAGCAGAGAGUUCUAUAGCGGAAAUCCGUAGUGGACUCUUUAAGUUUCAC